AUGAGUAGUAGUGGUGCUGUGACUGUUCCCGCCAAAAUGAAGGGUUGGGUCUACUCUGAAUAUGGCGACCCUGCCCAGGUCCUGAAACUGGAAUCUGAAGUCCCAGUUCCUGAUGUGAAAGAAGAUCAAGUUCUCGUCAAGGUUGUUGCUGCAGCGCUUAAUCCGUUGGAUUAUAAGAGAAUGGAGGGAGCUAUCAAAGCCACUGAUUCUUCUCCACCGACAGUUCCAGGUUACGAUGUUGCUGGCGUGGUGGUUGAACUCGGAAGCAAAGUGAAGAACCUACAAGUUGGAGAUGAAGUAUACGGGAAUAUUAACGAGGCAGCUCUGGUUCAACCCAAGAAGUAUGGGUCUUUGGCAGAGUAUACUGCUGUGGAAGAGAAGCUUUUGGCUCUUAAGCCCCAAAACAAAACUUGA